AUGGCUCUUCUGGCUAGCCAUUUGGAACAGAUAUCUCUCUCCGCCAGAUCUAUAGCAGAAUUGGAAUUUCCCCCGCCCAAGAUCUUUACCAAUGCGCUGCUCAAAGACCACGAAAUCACGACCUUGAUUCGCGACACUGAACCCCACGAGCGUGCCUUAUUCUCUUUAGACCCAAGUGCUUUAAGCAGAACACGGCAACAGAAUGAUCUUCGAUCGACGAGCGCAGAGCCCGUUCCUCAUGGGCGCAAGAGUCUUUAUCCAAGUGUACCUCCUGUGAAACAGUCCGUCAUUACGAGGCUAUUGGGCACUGAGAUGCUUCAAGAGAUCCGCAAGUCAAGCAGCAAUACUGUACGAUCCCGGGAAGGUGUCAAUAUAGAGGUACUGCUUCAAGGAGCCGAGAGGCUUUGCCAGAUAUAUGCCGUCGCUGGAGCACAUGAUAAAGCUCGAACGCUUCGCAACCGCCACAGGGAAGUUUCAGCUUCCAUAUCUGUGCUUGAAGAGAAGGUCUCCGAGCAAGAGUUGCUGUUGGAGCGUCGCAAUAAGGGACAUGAUCCCGAUGAAGAGUGGAACUCAAAAGGAUUUGAACCGCAAUUGGUUAUCGACGACGUCAUGGGAUUUACGGAGCAGGAUUUCCAAUCCGAAGAAGACGAAAUCAGACAACUCGAAGCCAGAAAAAAGGCUCUAGAAGAUCUUGUUGCGGGCAUCGAGAAAGAUCUCGGCGGCCUCCUGAGGUGA